GGGCUGCGACGGCGGUUCUUCGCACAGUGCAUGCAGUCUCUCGCCAACCCAGAAUUUUUGGCCGAGUCGUAGGCCAUCGAAGUUCAGGCGGAGCGUAAACUGGACGGGAAUAUCCGACCUGCGCGGCAUUGUCGCCUGCACAGUACAACUCACUUGCUGAGCACAUCCGUUCUCGACCAUCAUCUGUUACCUUCCCUGCAUGCAGCCCUCUUCCGGCUCUUCCUCUUCAUCCUACACCUCUCAGGACUCGCCGCCCCGUACCGAGCUCUGGUGGGACCGUCUCCCGUCCCUCAAGAUCGUUAGGCCCCCCAAAGGUCCGUUCUCGCCGCAGGUAGACGAACGCUGUUUCACCUAUUGCUCCCAAAGCAUCACCGGCCGCAUACACGGCAACGACCCUUGGUGCCGCACUUUCUGCCUUCGCCGCGUCUUCCUCCACGAGGUCUCCCGCGUCCUUUCCCGCCAUCGUACUGAAACCGUCACCCAUGUGCCCGGGAGGAAGCAACCUAUCGUGGAGACCAAGGAGGUAGUCGAAACUCAGCCACUCAACCAUCCCCUCCCGCCAGAAGGGCAGCGGUAUAGCGGCUGGCUCGCCAUGCUUCUCGACGGCAAGUUCGGCAUAGGAGACGGCGAAGAGGACGACGGGCACCACCACGACGAGAGUGACUCCGCUCUAGGACCGGGGCACUCGCAUCCCCAGAGGGAGACCAAGCACUGGCGGGAGGGCUGGUAUAUCUGGUGGUCGUCCAGCCGGUGGGCGGCCCAGGAGAAGCUGGACCUCAUGCGCAGGGAUUUGGAGGGUCAGACGGACUGGCAGAAGCUCAAGGAGAGAAGGAACGACGAGUGGGCGAGAGGUGUGCCUCCGCAAGAGCAGACGUCGGGCGAACAGGAGCUCCAUCCUUUCCAGGAUAUGAGCAAUAUCCCGCCAUUCCCGGAUGUGUCGUGAGUGUCGCUUUCUUUCGUCCCGUUCUAUGCUUGGGCAAGAGUAACCCGCGACGCUGGCGUUUGGCUGGGGUGACUUUGGCUACUUGUCUUUGUCCUCAGGGGGCGUGCAGUGAUGCGUGGCGUCCGGGAGAAUUCCUGAGAGCUCUCCGUGUUGCGCGAGCCUCGUACUCGCUUCGCGUUCACACAUGUCCGUUCCAGUGUGCACAAUUCGCCGCUCUGCACCCACUAUUUUUUCGUGGCGGCUCGUGGCUUUUCAGGCCGUCUUCGACCGGGUUCCAUCCUGCACGCAGCUGGCUCAGCUAGUCAUCUUCGUCGACAUGCGCCUCCCCUCCCCAUUUUCUGCAUGUUCUGACGGUAUCCGCAGAUCAUCAUGCGUGCUACUGCCCCUGCCACUGCAAUCCACCUCUCUCCCCUCUCUCAAAGUGUUCUUCUCCCGGCCACUCGUCCCCGCCGCCCGCGUCCUCGAAGUCGUCCAGGAGAGCGUGAGCUCGGGGGCGCAGCGCGACUUCUGGGGCCGCGUGUGGGAGAAGGCGCAGACGGACGAGCCGAGGCAGCUGCUCGUUGUCGCUUGGGAGCGGAUGAUGGAGAACUUCUUCGGGAAGGAGGACAAGAGCGGUGGGGGCGGCGGGAAGGCGGGAGGGGUCGGUACAGGAAGCGGGGGUGGGAGGCAGGAUGGUAAGGACGGGAAGGAUUAGAGAGGUUGUCAUGGAUAUAUGUUGUUUGAGUAUAAUUUCUCUGCUUGGACUUGAUGGGAUGUGCAUUGCGCUCGCUCAGUCUGUAAGUUGUGGCUUGUGAUAGAUUGUUACAGCUGUUUUGUAUUGAGAGGCCCCUGCCCAGCUUCUACAACACACCACACUCUAUCCAACUGCUACACUACUACACAUAGUGUCAUGGACGUUGGACAGACGCCCCUUUUUGCCGCCCAUUCCCUUCCCUUUGACGCCCACCUUCCAUUUUCGGACCAUUUCCUUUCCUAGCCCAUCCCAGUUUGGACACUGCAGAUAUGUUCCCACAACCGCAUGCUACGUUCCUGUGAUCACCAUGCCCUUGCCUUUUCUUUCUUGCCCUUUGUUCUCUCUUUGUCAUCUUCAC